CGGACCUGGGGGCUUGGCCGACGGGGAGCAGGUGGGCGGGGACAGGGCCCCUGCUGGAAGAGGCGCAGCAGCGAGGUGGCGGGCUGCGUGCGCAAACAGGGCGGCCGCCUUCUGGGCCCGGAGAACGGUGAGGCCAUUUGGGUUGGGUGCCCCAGUCCCGAGGGCACGGUUCUGUAUCCAGGGCCAGCGAGCUGGGUGCAGGGCAUUGUUGGGGAGGGAAGAUCUAGAGGCCCGGCCCGGCCAAGGUGAUGGGGGGUCUUGAGCAGACCCGGGAGAAGAGUGUUGCUGGGUCAGGGCGCUGGUGUCCAGCGAAGGUGGGCGAGGACAGGCACUUUCAGGGCUGGCCUGAGUGGAAAGGGACAAGGGGGCCCCAGAGUUUGAGUUUGAGCAUAAUUUGGGAGUUGUCGUGUCACUGGGUGGGUCGAUGAGUCAUGCGAUUUGGAGAACCCUUUCCUGGCGAUCAGUUCUGAGGGAUGGAAAUAAAGUCUAGAAGUGGUUUGGAGGCCACGUCUUGGGACCAGGUGCUCUGGUGGUCAUCAGGCUUCAUGUGAGGGACUUUGGGAGUUGUGUCCCAGAGGGCUGAGAUUCAGAAGCUUCAGUCUGGGGUGGAGUUAAGUAAGGUCUUUGUGGUGGCCAGUUCCCUGCCUUCCUUCCUUUCCAGGCUGUCAGGAUUCAGCUGUGUUCCUGCGGGGAGUGGGUUAAAAAUUCCUUCCGCCUACAGUCAGCUUUACAGUAUCCACCAGGGGCAGGAGGGACAUACACAUGUGUGGCUGCAGCAUCAUUCUCUGUCGUGGAGCCCUCACGAUUGCUUCCUUAUUGUUGCCAUAGUAACUGUCUAUUGAUGGUGUAUUUAUAGGGGAAGGAGCAGGCGCUACAUUUUGGGGAGGGAGGGGGAAGAGGCCUCAUGGCAGGCAGCAGCAGCAGUGAAGGUGGCUACAGAAUUGCUAAUGGAGUGGGCCAUGCCAUGGGAACUGUUUUGGGGAUGUUCCUGGCUCGACUGAAGCUUAAAAACAAACUGAUGACUUUAGCAGGUGCGUCAGGAUAACAUGUAUUCGGGUCUAUGAUAGGUGUCACAUAUAGCCACCUUUGGCCAAGGCUAGGUGUGUGGGGGACAAAAGAUGGAUAUAUGUAAUCUAUUAUGUAAAUUUUUCCCCAUUUAAAAAAAAAACACUGCAGUUUCCUUUGAUAAGCAAUGUAAUAUAUUUUUCUCUCUUCCCUUAUUAAGACUGUAUGCAUUCUUCUCAAACCCAGAUACAACAGCUCCAUUUUUCUUCAAUCAAAAAAUCCUUGCCAUGAGGCAUACUAUAUCCACACCCUCACCACAUAAAGCUCAGGUAUCCAUAAUGCAAGCAGAAUUUUGAGAUCGUAUUCCAUCUUGGUUCUGACAAACACUGAGGGCCAACUGUCUCACAAGGCAGGCCCAUCUGUUGACAAAUUCACAUGUUGAUGGUUUUGAGAGGGAUUGUUGCAGGGUUCAAAAGAGAAAGCCCCUUGACGUGGCGUUUCCACAAAUAGAUGUCAGAUUUGCUGUUUUACUUUUAAUUUUCUUUUCUUUCUUUUCUCUCUUUCUCUCUUUCUUUCUCUCUUUCUUCCUCCCUUCCUUCCUUCCUUCCUCCCUUCCCUUCCCUUCCCUUCUUUCCUUCCUCCUUCCCUUCCCUUCUCCUUCCUUCCUUCCUUCCUUCCUUCCUUCCUUCCUUCCUCCCUCCCUCCUUCCCUCCCUCCCUCUCUCCCUCUCUCCCUCUGUUUCUCUCUUUCUCUCUUUCUUUCUUUCUGGCUUUGUAGCCCAGGCUGGAGUGCAGUGGCGCAAUCUCAGCUCACUGCAAUCUCCGCCUCCCUGGUUCAAGUGAUUCCCCUGUCUCAGCCUCCUGAGUAGCUGGGACUACAGGCAUGCACUGCAGCACGCCUAACUAAUUUUUGUAUUUUUAGUAGAGAUGGGGUUUCACCAUUUUUUGGUCAAGCUGUUCUCAAAUUCCUAACCUGAGGUGAUCCGCCCGCCUCAGCCUCCCAAAGUGUUGGGAUUACAGGCAUGAGCCACCACGACCAGCCUAAAUUAUUGAUUUAUAUCCUAACUGUUUGCCAAAAGGAUUAGGUGGCAUAUUAUAAAUGCACAAUAAGACACUGGAAACAUAAAUAGAAAGCUGUGUACCACAUCGCAGGACAGAAGCAUAUGUGCUUAACAGCUGGGCUUCCAGGUUGCCUGUGCUUGACUGGCAAUAGUGACGCUGAACUUCCUGGCAGCCUAGGCAAAAAGGAGGGCUCAAUGGAUUCCACAGUUCACGUGUCUUGCAUCCAGUUAGUCAUAAAACCAGAGCUUCUGCUUGGGGAGGGGAGCAGUGGGGUGAUUGCUCCCAGAUGUGGACAGCUCAGCAGGGGCCUCUAGAAUGUGUGUAUGAGUGGGCGUGUGUAUUGUGGGGAGGGACAGAGGGAGCAGUGUGCUGUGACCAUGGUUUAAGUACUGGCUGGAUAGCUCCUUAGCAGGAGAAAGGUUUUGUGACAAUAGCUCACAUUAGGGGCAACUCUUCUAGUUAGCAGCUCAGUGUUGGUCAUCUAAAUUCAUGUCUUGGUACUCUACUGCUAUGGGCUUUAACGCAAAGAGAGAAGAGAGGCCUGGUUGCAGAAGAUUCCAGGUAUCUUGCCUCUUUGUCUGGUGAAGAUGAACACAGCGGGUCGCCUGGGUUUGGGCCUUCUGAAUAUGCCUGGGAAUAUGAAGAAUGCAGCAUUGUUGUGCAGGGAGGAUGAGGCCCUGUAGAUGAUGUGUCCCCUGACAGUUGCUAUAGGCCAGUCCCAGCAGGGCAGUGACUUUUGAGUUGGUUGAUGCUGUGUUAGCUUUGUUUUCAGGGAACAUGCUUGUCAUUGGAGGUAUCUAUGACUCACCAUUGUGAUCAAAAUUAGUUGUGAAUUCUGGUCUUGCCACUGUCACUGUUGAUUUGCUUAACCUUGUCUGAGCCCGUCUCUCUGGGCUUUAUUUCCUCAUCUGUCUCUGAGGUCCUUUCCAAUUGGAAGUUGCAAAGAUUCAUUGAGGGGAGCAAGGAAGGAGGAGCCUCAGCCUGUAGGAGCUUUCCUUUUUCAAAGAAAAAGGUCAACCCUUGGUUCUUAUAGAUGCUCAGAACAUGUUCUUGGGGGAAAACGCUGAAAGGUUUGCUUUGGGCCCUACUGGGCCUGGGGAGGUCUCUGGAGAACAGCUUGGGGCAGAAGGAGAAGCAGCAGAAGCUAUGGGUGGCUGCAUGGAGGACGAUGCACCCCACAAGAGAAGUGAGACCCUGCAGCUGAGGGAGCAUCAUGGCAGUGUUUCUGGAGGCCAAGGAUGCCCAUUUGGUCCUGAAACGAUUCCCUCGUGCCAAUGAGUUCCUGGAGGAGCUGCGCCAGGGCACCAUCGAGCGAGAGUGCAUGGAGGAGAUCUGCAGCUACGAGGAGGUCAAGGAAGUGUUUGAGAACAAAGAGAAAACGAUGGAGUUCUGGAAGGGGUACCCAAAUGCAGUCUACUCAGUUCGAGACCCCUCGCAGAGCUCAGAUGCCAUGUACGUGGUGGUACCCCUUCUGGGGGUGGCAUUGCUGAUUGUCAUCGCCUUGUUCAUCAUCUGGAGGUGCCAGCUGCAGAAAGCGACCCGUCACCACCCCUCCUAUGCUCAGAACCGGUACCUAGCCAGUCGCGCCGGGCACACCCUCCCCCGGGUCAUGGUGUACCGGGGUACUGUGCAUAGCCAAGGGGAGCCUUCUGGGCACCGAGAGGCAGCGAGCAGCCCCCAGGUGGUGCUGGGGCCCAGUCGGGGGAGCAGGACCACAGUCCGGCUCGAGAGCACCCUCUACCUCCCUGAGCUCUCUCUCUCCAGACUGUCCAGCACCACCCCUCCCCCCUCCUACGAGGAGGUGACUGCGCCCCAAGAGAGCAGCAGUGAGGAGGCCAGCGUGUCUUACAGCGACCCACCCCCAAAGUACGAGGACAUAGUGGCCGCCAACCCUGGCGCUGACAAGUAGUGGGACGUUUGUGCCCUGUCCUGGAUGAACGCCUCUUUCCGAGGUCUCCUAAUUUCUUUUUAACUUUUUAAAGACUGUGCCACCACAAAACAGCCUUAGCCCCCUUGUUGCCAAAUAAUUCCCUAACUGUGGAGUUUUAGGAAGUCAGUUGUCAGAGAUAGGUGGGGAGGGUGGGGGUAGGGACCACGCAUGAGUCGAAGCCCCCAGGAAGAGCCAAAGGCCAAAGUGCCCAACUCUUUGGGAUGACCCCCAAGCCUCCAACAUCCUGUCUUUCUAUCAGGAACUGGCUUCUCUUAUGCCAAAGGAAUAACCCCAUUGAGUUGAUUGUGGCCAGAAUGUCCACAGGCCUGGCCCGGGGGCUGUGGGACUGGCUGGAGGCCUGUCUGUGUCUAGAGCUCUGGGCCACAGGGGUAAGGGAGGGAAGCCAGCCUUUCAGCACCCCUUACCCUCCACAGUUCUGUGCUUUCUGUCCUUGCUUACACUUGGAGGACAGGGACAAGGAUUGAGCAAAAACAGAAUGAAAAAAUCAUGACAAAUAAAUAAUUAACACAAUACAACAAAACUCUAGCACCCGGACCGUUCAUAGGAGGCCAAGGGAAAUUCAUCACACGGAUCCGUGAUGUCCGCCUUCCCUAAAAGCUGUCCCCACACUCCUGGAAGGAGGACAGGGUGUGUGAAGGCUGAGGGCCAGAGGGCUGGGUGGCAGAGUUUCCUCUUCCACAUUGACCAAGGGGCCCACGUGGACUCUGCCAUUCAGUUUCUAGUGUGCUUGUCUCUCCAGACAUGUGGACCAGCUGUGUUCAGACCACUACCCACUGGCAUGAGCCUACUUUUUGUGAAUGGUGCAUUGAAAUUGAACUUCAGAUUGAGGAUUUCUCCUUAAUGAUGGUGCCCAUCUCGGGAGAGGAUCCCAAAGUGUCCCUUUUAAAACAUUUAUUUGUGGAGAAGCCCGUGGCCUGGGGUUGAAGGCCCAUUUGGGGUUUGCUCUGCUGUUGCCAGGUGCCAGUGUGUUUUCAGUGAGGCUUUGGACAGCAGUGGGGCAGAAGGCACCUGCCCUUUAACUGUCAGGGACCAUGCUAGGCACUGUUGAUAACACCUCCCCCUACUUCCGUCUCCACCCUCCUGACCUCAACACCAAACCAUUUCUCCUCUGUGGUGCUUUAAAAAUUGUAGCAAAUUUUUGUGUGGUGCAAGAAUGCAUGGCCUGGGUCUAUUGGCAACCACAGCAGUUUAAAAUCCACUGAGUUGACAAGCUUUUUUCUGUCAAAAUAUCUCUCUAAGGCAGACAUUGGGACUCAUUCCUUGAAUGCAGCCCUGCCUUCAGGCCUCAGAGGACUUCUGGAGGCUGCUCUAGCCCUGAGGACUUGCCCUGGGGCGUGCUUCCAGUUAGGAGGCUUGUGUCCCUACCCCAGUGAGGCCACCAGCUUGGACCACUCCACCCUGUGGCUUCCCCCUACGUCACAGGCCCGUUGGAGGCUGACUGAGCAAAUGCCUGCGAAGUGCUUGAAUUGCCGGGGAGCCAGCGAGGUUUGCCUUAGGAAGAGUCUUCAAGAAAGGUGUAGAUUAUAAGGGAGCAGUCUUAGCUGAGGCCCUCAUAUGCCUCUGAUGUUGAGUCUCCACUCGGAGAGUCAAUCUCCCGUCAGUUGACCCUUUCCAUCCUCUCGUCCUCCCUUUCCAGAGCUCCCUGAUGCCAGAGAUGCUGAGCAGGUGACAUUCUACCUUUCAUUUCUUUGUCUUUCCCUCCCCUGGGCCUUCAGCCUUGCACUCCUGCCCUUCGUCACAAAGGAGUUUUUGGCUUAGAAGGCCCCUGCUUUUUCCAUGUUGGGGGACCUGGGGAAGCCUGAAGCUCGGGGCUAGCCCUGGCUCUCCCAGUAUUUCUUCAAGUAGGUGCCAGAGUGUGACCUGGGAGCAGGUGAGAGGAAACUUAUCCCAAUAUGUCUACUCAGUUAGCACAGAGCCAGGCAUGAGCUCCACUGAUCAAAGCCAAAGGGAGUUUGCCAAGAAAUGCCCGCUGCCUUUGGAAUCUGAGUUGCAGCUGGGUGGUAAUGGGAGAGAGCAGGAAGAAGCCCAAGGCCUGGCCCAUGGAGGGCAACAUGUGUCCUUCAGGGGCUGAGGACAGGCCAUGGGAAGAGUCACAGGUGGUUGCUUAAGGGCUGCGGUGUUCGGUUCAGAUGCUUCAUGGUGUUCUGCCAGGUGGGAUUGCACCACGGUCUCUGGGAUGGUUUUUGCAGCACAUUGUAGAAAAAAAGACUGUACAGCACACAGCAGGCAUCACUCCUUGCGGUGCACACUUGGCUUUUAUGAAUGCCCUGUACAUAUCUUUUCAAACUCUGUGUUUGUAUGGAGGUGGAUUUGAUACAAUGCUGACUCUUUCGUGGCUACAUUUUUGCUGUUUUUGGACUUCUAUGCGUGUGUGUGUGUGUGUGUGUGUGUGUGUGUGUGUGUAUCUACGUGUGCACGUUGCCUUUUCUCAUUGCUUAUCUGAAACAAUAGCCGGUGUGCAGCUAUAUUUGUACCAGGAGGGAUCCGGUCUGAAAAGAGGAAUGUCACCUCCCCUCCCAGGGAUGACAGGGCCCUGAGCAAGGAAAAGUGACGUUAACUAUUGGACACCCAACCCCCAAAGUUGUCACAGUUUGCCUCCUUGAAAAAGGCUUUGGAAGAAGACAAAGCAGCUCCAUUCUGCAGGCCUCCGCCCUAUGAAACCCCCGCUCACACGCCCUUUUGGCGUGGUGCCCCUGGCCCGGGCUCCUGUUCUGUGGCGUCAGCAGCUGAAAGAAAUCUGAGCGCUCCCGGGCGUGGUGUUUUUUUGUUUCUGUGGAAAGAUGUGUGACUAUUGACUUUGCGUAUGGCGGGGCCAGUUAAUCAGAUGUUUUUCAUUUUUCGAAAAGAAAAGGCUUUAAACAUUUUCUUGAAAUGUGACUGUCACUUGUUUUCAACCAAAAACUUUUUAAGAUGUUUUAAAAGAAAAAUCGAAAUCCUGUCCCUCCUCCGCUUCCCAUUGCCUCCGGUUUUCAAAAUGAAAGCACAAGCGCAAGAGUGGGGUGCACAGGUGCCUGGCAUGUACCCACCACCCACACGGCUGCGUCCAGCCCUGGCUGAGGGAGACGCAGUGCUGAGCAGUCAGCCCCGAGAGGCCUCUUUUUCAGCUUCCAAUCCCACUGCCAUGAAUGUGAAUUCCUUAGGGUGCUUCCAAACACAGGAGUCUGCCUGAUCUGUCGGACAUUGCCUUUUUGGUAGCCCGAAUAUGAGGAAUUCAGGACAGGAAAGUGUGUCUUUUUAUCAAGCAGUCAGAGCCGGAUGCUUCCCCUCUCCCAGUGGGUGGAGCAUCGCAACCCCCAGCCAGAGUCGAUCUUUUGACAACCCAGUGACAUCCCAUGAGAAGGGACAAAAGAAGUCCAGCACUGCCUCGAGAUUGUUAUUUUGUCCGCGGGAGAGAUCGCGGAGAGUCUCUCUCGCUCACGGAGGCUCUGUCUUUCUAGGAGUAUGUGUGUGUGUGCUGUCUCAUGUGUGGAGCUGCUGGUCUAGGUGGCUUUUCAGCUUGACAAGCAGUGAAGCUCCAUUUCAGGACUUCACCAAUUCCGAAACAAGCACAGCCCCCCACCCCCCGCCACGGAACUCUACUAAUACUAAUCACUAUAAUUAACGAAUUUAAAAGUACGGUAAUCAGACUGCUUGCAACUAUAGUAAAAGCCCAUUAAUUUGAAGCCCACUACUUCAGAACUUCGAGAAAAUCACAACUUAAGACAAUUCACAGUAGCUGUGAUUCUGGCUACAUAAAAAUAUUUGAAAUAUUCUUCCCUUUAGUCGAUGUUCAGGGUCUUCUGUGUAAGAGAAAUCCAGUUUAAAAUGAGUCCCCUUUUCAAAGGAAAGGCUCAAGAUAUUAAGGAUCCCUUCACCGUGCCUUCAGCUUUGCAGUUCAGCACUUCUCGUAUGUUCAGGGUGAUCUCUUGUUCUCUCUCCAUCACAGGGAUGUUGAAUAUUGCAGCCUUUCACUCUACUCCUUUAUUUAUCCUGUGAAUAACAUAGUUUGUGAACUAGACUGCAAUUUAAACUAAUACACGUGAUGUAUCUUGCUAAAUAUUCUGUAAAGCAGAUGCUUCGCUGUCAGACUGGCCGCUCCAUCAUUCGCCUCCAAAUAUUCAAACGUGGGAGCUUUUCCUUUCAGACUGUGGGCAGCGAGUCUCUCUCUAGCAAGAAUUUCCCUGACAAACAUACCCAAAUAGCACACCCUCCCAAGCUCAACGCCCCAACAGUUGUCUCACUGUACUGACAUCUGACUGCCUCAUAGUGCCUGCCCUUCACCCAUCCCCAGCCCGAGCAUUAACACAGAUCUUCAGGAUUGGGACAAAUCCCCCAGCUGCUUUUGCCUCUCAAUCCAUCUCCCCUCAUAGAUACCACUUUCCCAGGCCUGAACACAUCCGUUAUUUUGCUCUGACAUUGUGAAUUUGUGACAGUGGAAACCCUGAUAUGUGCAACUGAGCUUGUAGAAAUAAUGACUGUGAAAUGGAUUAAUUUUGGUGCCACUUUAAACUGUGCUUGUAUUCACGUGUUGACCCUUGUCAGCUGGGAUGUCUGUACAUUCAGUAUAUGUCAGCAUUUCACUGGAGCCUGGGGGCAACAGACAAACUUGCUUCUGAUUUCUCUCUCUCUCUUUCUUUCUAUAAUUGUUGAGUUUGGCUGUUACAUUUUGUCUCCUUCUUUACAAGAAAACAAUAAUAAUAAAGAGCAAAUGGCAUCCACUUGAA